CCUAUGGAUGGUCAGAUCAAGCAACACUCAACAGAAUUAGUCAUUGGCUAACAGGUGCUGCUGCUGAAUGGUAUCAACAAUUAGUGCAAAGUGAUGAACUUCCAGCCACCUGGGGUGAGUUUGUAAAACUAUUUCAAGCUCGUUUUCAAUCACCAGAACAAAUAGAAGCUCUGAAAAUCGAAAGAAAUCAUUGCAUGCAGCAGGCAGAUGAAUCCGUAGCAGAUUUCUAUCAGAGGUAUAAGGGACUAGCAUUGGAAAUUGAUCCUAAAAUCUCAGAAAAAACGCUCAAAAGGCACCUCCUUCCGAAGCUACGUCUGGAUAUCCUUCAAUUAAUGGGCGGAGUUGAUGCUGAUAAAUUACCGUUGCUAGAUCUAAUGAGAACAGCAGCUAAAGUUGAAUUACACAUGCUUCAACGAAAGAAAGGAACUCAACAGAGAACUGGAGAAUUAGUAGAAUCCUGCAUGGCAAUGAAGUCUUCGAGAAAUCAGGAACAACGAGAAAUCUAUUCAUAUACAACAAAAAGAUGUUCAACUAAUCCUGAAUCCGUAAUAGCUGCCAUUGAGUCGAAAACGCUGCCACCAACCAGUUCUCUAGAGCAGCCAUCAUUUUUGUCACCUGCAAAUCAACAAAAAUCUUCAACGAAUAAUGCAGAUACCAAUAAGAGUAAUCAGCAGUGGUGGAAUCGAGGACAGAACAACAAUCAUGAUAGCUCUAAUUCACAGAAUGUUCCGAGAUGGCAACAAAGAAAUUCUGAUCAAAGAAAUCAAUCAACGGUACCUACGUGUUCAAAAUGUGAAAGGAUCGGAAUUACUUCUCGGACAAAAGUUGCACAUAUUGCCGACGGAUCGGACAUAUCGAAGCAGUUUGUCGAACUAAACAAAAGAUCGCAAAAAGCCUCCAAUUUGCCUCGACAACAUACGAACAAUCAACAUUUAAACAAACAAGGAAGAUGUGCAAUACGCCUACUUCCAUAUUUACAAAAUCCACAUGUGUCUCACGACUUGUUGAUCCUCGAUCAUCACCUCCGGAGGAUAAAAUGA